CAAGUAUUCAGUCUAUUAGAAAAAGCUUGGUCUGGUUCCCCUGUGCAGUUUGCUUGGCAGAAAACUUUGGGAAAUUUCCUUGCUGUAACAGGAGGUGAUCGUGCUGUGAAAAUUUUUGAUCGUCAUGGUCAGAAGAGAAAUGAAAUCAGCUUACCAGGUAACUGUGUUGCUAUGGACUGGGAUAAGGAUGGAGAUACUCUAGCAAUAAUCACAGACAAAUCUAGUGCCAUAUUUCUGUGGGAUGCGAACACAAACAAAACAAGCCAAGUAGACAGUGGUAUGAGGGAUGCAAUGUCUUUCUUAUUAUGGUCUCGAGUCGGAACUUUACUUGCUGUUGGAACAACAAAGGGAAACUUACUUAUAUAUAACCGUCAAACUUCUCGCAAGAUUCCUGUUCUUGGUAAGCACACUAAGCGGAUUACUUGUGGUUGUUGGAGUACUGAAAACCUUCUGGCUCUAGGCGGUGAAGACAAAAUGAUUACUAUAAGCAAUCAGGAAGGGGAUACUAUAAGACAGACCUCAGUGAGCUCAGAUCCCAGUGAUAUGCAGUUCUCAGUUAUGAAGACUGAUGAAAGAGUAUCAACCAGGGAAAGCACAGUAAGUGUAGUGGUCGGCAAGAAGACUCUCUUUCUUUUUAAUUUGAAUGAUCCUGAUAACCCAAUUGAUCUGAAAUUUCAGCAGCCUUAUGGCAGUAUUGUAACCUACAGAUG